AUGUCUCUUAAAUAUCAACUCAAUGAAUUACAUGCUUAUCGGUAUUCUUAUUACAAGGAUAAUAAUCCAAAAAUCUAAGUAAGUUUUUAAUCAAAGAAUGCAAAGCUUAAAAAAGAAUUAGGUUAUAAUAUUAAUAUCAAACAUUUGCCAUCAACUGCUGAAAAUCAAGAAAAUGAUGACUUAAAGAAGUCUAUCAAUUAAUUACCAUCAUCAAUUGAUUCAUUAAAAAGUAAUAUACUAAGGAGAAAAACUUAAAUAGAUUGGUUAUAUUCAAAAAAAGUUGAUUAGGAAAAUAUAUUAAUGUUGAAUCGAGUAUUUGUGCAAAACUUAUUUUCCCAAGCAUAACUUAUUGAAUUUGAUGACAAUUAAUUGCUUUUUGAGAUUGAAGAAACAUAAAAAUAAUAAUUAACUAAUAGCAGACUUAUUGUAUUCAAGUUUCUGAUCCAAAAAUGUUUCCAAAGACUUAAGUUGCUUUAAUUGGAUGUUUUGAUAUAAUGUUCAAAAUGUAAACAAAUACUUUAAGCUGCAACCAAUAUAAUAAAAAAGACCAAAUCACUUGCGAUAUUCAUCAGUCACUGCAACUAAAAUAUAAGGAUAGACUUUUUUCAUAAUAAUGAUUAAUUCCCCAAAAAUUAAGAAAAUUACACUUCUCACGUUGCUUUUGUCUCUAGGAGCUAAGAAAAAGUUGUAAUUAUUAGAGCCAAAUGCGCUGUAAUUUGUAAAUGCGAAAAUGAAAAUGAUUCAAUAUUAACUCUAGAGAAUCCAUUACAAUUGAAAGACGGAAUUUAUACUCUCUUGGCAAACGAACCUUAUCGGAAACUCUGCAGAUAUUGUUGUAGAGAAGUCAUAUUAUAGUAGUGCGAACUUAUGAUAUUGCCAUGAUUGAUUUAUUAUUUUUAUUAUUCUUUAUUUGGAGCCAAAAUAUUGUUUUAA